UGCCCGACUGCCCGACUAGCUCCUAGUGACUUUUAGAACAUUGAGUGGAUUUGAACAGCGCUGUCUGGGUGCGUGGCCAGGGUUUAGUCCCAUUUGCACGAUUUUUAACUGUUCGAGUGAUUUGGUGAGAAAAGAAAAGAACAGAUUAGAGUGUCUGACCGAUUCACUCAUUCAGAUUCUAUGAUUUGGUAUGAAAUGGUGAGAUACAAAAUUUGCAAUUUUUGUGAUUGGUUGCUUCCCGUUUCUCAUCACAACCUUCUCACGAUUCGAAGGGGCUGAAGCCAAAUUUUUUUUUUAUGAACAAUCUCCACAUUUUACAAAAACAAACGUAAUGGUUAAAAUCAUUAAAAUAGGACUGUGGUAGCACCACGGGUCUGGAAAGUGUGGUCUAGUGGACCAGAGACAAGGGGACUCCAUAAAUAUAAAUGCGUGAAGAUACAGAAUCGGAAAUUACGUUUUGUUGUGGUUGAUUUUCUUGGUAUCUGAUUUUAUAGGGCUCUUUGGAUUUGCGUAAAGGCGAAAAUGUUGGGGAAAUGACCGUUGCGGAAGAAGGAUCAUCAGAGAAACAUUUGGGUGGCGGUGGUGAUAAUGAUCGUAUUGGAAGCGUGGUUGAGACUUGUGCUGCUGAUUUUGUCACCUGUCCUACACAUGCCUAGCAAGAGGAACCAAACGUAAACUGAGGCAGCGCACCCUUCUUCAGUUAAACUUCUCUUCACAGUCAAAAGUUGGAAUUCAAUCAAGCGAGUUGGAUCAAGUGGGAGUUCAUUUGGUUCAGAGGGCUCCUGAUAACAUUUUGUGUGAUACCAUUCGCAAAUUGCAUGACUGUGUCGGUGCGAACAGAGACAACACUACCCAGUGCAAAGCACUCAUGAAUUCAGAGUCUGUUUUGAGCACUGAUAGCUCUGCAGAAAACAAGAUAACUUACGAUAUAAAUUGCGGAGCUGAUUCACCUACGUUACUCCCUGAGAACAAGAUGCCCAAAUAUGAGAUGAAUGAAACUAUGGACGACAUGUCUGGGCAACUCCUCAAAACUUUCGUUGUUGGUCGUAAGUUUAGUGAGGAAGUAAUGUUAUAUCUUGGGGCAAAUAUCUCUCUUUUGAGAGAUCCUAAUAAUAUUAAGGAUAGCAAUGCCAUCAAGGUUGUUUAUGCAGAAUCUGGAUGCUAUAAAAUGCUUGGUUUUAUCCCUCGAGAGUUGGCUCAAUAUCUGUCUCCUUUAAUGGAUAAGUACCUCUUGAGUUUUGAGGGCUGUGUAACUUCCAUUCCAGAACAUUCCCACGAUGUUCUCCCAAUUCAAAUUACAUGUCAAAACGAGAUAUUUUCUGGUGAAAAGGAAUGUGACAAUCUUCAGGUUGUUAGGUCCUUGUGGGAAAAUGCUUUCCGUGUAGCUGAAUCUGCAAAAACUCAUCCACUGGGCAUGGCAAAAUACCAACAGAACUUUUCUGUGCUGAUACAAGAGGUUUUAAGGAGUUACCCUCAUCUUUUCAGCUGUGAUGAAAAGAUUAUAUUUGAAACUUUUACUUCACUUUCAGAUGAUAGUCAGAGACUCUUUGUUCGGCUUUAUACAAGAAAAGGCCCAUGGUUUCGGAUUUCUAAUCUUUCAUAUCCCGAAAUAUCUGAUUACAAUCAAGCAAUUAAGGAGCUCUCAGCAACUGGCUAUAUGUGUGCUGUUGAGUCAAUCAGUGACUUACAGGACAAUGACUUGAAGGAGGUUCUGUAUUUGCUUACUGUUUCUGAGCUGCGUGAAGUUUUGUGCAAGCUUAAAAAGAAAUGCAAACCUGGUACGAGAAAGCAAGAUUUUGUUGCAUUGCUUCUUUCUUCAUAUGCUGAUGGAUUAUGCCCAGUCCUACCAAAUGUGGUUUUGGAAAAAACAGGACCUUGUGUUCAGAUAUCUUUAUCAACUGAGUCCAUUAUUUGGCGUGCUGAGAGGCUUUUCUUCUUGAAUGGAGAGCAGGACCUAUCAGCAUUUUUACUUGUGGAUUUGGGGAUUAUCAAGUAUCCAAAUUACAACUGUAUAAUCUCAAAACAAAUUUUCUCAAGCCGCGAUGAUUUCCUUGCAUAUGAAGAGGCCAUUGAAGUGGCACAAGUUAUGGAUCAGUCACUUGAUGAAAACAGUACCGAGUUUGUCUGGAGAUGCAUAGAGGUAUCUGACUCACGUAUAUCCAACUCUUCUCAUGAGGAAACUCGGUCCCUCACUUCUGAAUCACCGGCGGCAUUUUUGUCAUGCUUUUCAGCUGCGUGGGUCUACUCAAAGGUGGUUUUGCUAGGUGUUUCAUUUCUUGAGCGUGAGCGAAGGUACAAGGAUGCAAUUAUUUUAUUGAAGCAGCUGCUAAAACAUUUUACCUCUGAUAGAAGAAGAGGAUAUUGGACCCUGAGGCUGUCAAUUGAUUUGGAACAUGUGGGUUGUCUCAAUGAGAGCCUUUCGGUUGCUGAAGAUGGUUUACUAGAUCCAUCGGUUCGUGCUGGUUCAAGAAUGGCACUACAAAGGCGGGUCCUACGCCUGGGGAAACCUCCAAGGCGCUGGAAAACCCCCAGUUUUUCUGAGUCUGUAAAGAGGAAGAUCACCGAGGUGCAUGUUCAAGGGAGACCGUUGAACUGUAGGACAGGGACGAAGAGCAGGUUCUAUGGUGAAGAUGGAGAACAAUGUGGAGUCGAGGAGCUUGCCAUGCAGUAUUAUGGCGGGGAAGGAGGCAGCUGGCAGUCUGUACAUACAGAGAGUGGCAUUUGGUUGACCAUUUUUGGGCUUCUUUUGUGGGAUGCUAUUUUUGCUGAUGUACCAGAUGUCUUCCGCACUAGAUUCCAGACUGCCCCCUUAGAUUUGGGGACUGAUAGCUUUUAUGAAGUGAGAAAGACCAUCCUAGAACCAAUACUUGUAAAAAUCUACGAUGGAGCUGCUGAAGAGAUCCUAAUCACAUCAUGGGAAACACAUUUAGGCACAUCAUGUCGGGGAGUUAACUGGGACCGGCAUUCACUAUCCGAGCUUCGAGCAGCCGUGACAUGCAUUGGUGGACCCUGUUUAGCCUCGUUCUGCCGACACUUGGCGCAAGAUUACCGGACCUGGUCUAGUGGAAUGCCUGAUUUAUUGUUGUGGCGCUUCCAUGGUGAUUACAGAGGUGAAGCCAAGCUUGUUGAAGUUAAAGGCCCUAACGAUAGACUCUCUGAGCAGCAGCGUGCUUGGUUGCUGUUUUUAAUGGACUGCGGGUUUAAUACCGAGGUUUGCAAAGUGAGUCCUGCUCCUGUAUCUGAAUGAAUUUUCCAAGUCAUGUUACAUGAAAGUUUGUUGAAGAAUGGCUGCUAACGGCAAUUGAAUAAGGUGUUCUUGAUUGAGCUUAAGAGAAAGUUACUGUUGCAAAGCUUGUGCAUGGUUGGAUAUUCUUCAGAUAGGUAUGCAAUUUCAUUUCUAGAAAUUUAUAAGCUAUUACAAAAUUUGAUCAGAGUGGAUGCAAAUUCACAGUAGCGGCUCCAUGUUUUUAGAGAGGUAUAUGAUUUCUUUUCUGGAAAAUCUUGAAGAUGUGCUGUGGAGAAAUUUCAAGGGCACUAAUCGAAGCUCCAUGUUUCCUCUCUUACCGGCCUUUUAGAGGAAAUUCUCCUAGGGCUUCUAAUUGUUCUACUGGAAGCUGCUUUCUCGCCAAAUAAGCUAAAGAGUAGUCUGUAUAAUGGCCUAUGGAAAUGCUAGUCUAGAGUUGGGUUGCGUUCACUAUUCAGUUGACAGGAAAGGAAAUGAGAACGAAAUCAAGAUACAGCUUUUCUUUCUUGUAUGAGCUUCCUGUUCUCCCCAAUAAACGUGGGUCGCACCAUGACAAUUUUCUUGAAUAAUACAUUUUCCGUCACACCCAUGUCAUGUAAAAUGUAGUCGAUUAUGCAGCGCGAGAAUGUUGUAAGCUUAAUUGUCUACUAAAUUCCUGUAAAAUGAACUCAUAAUGGAAAAUUAUUUACCAUAUUUCCCCCUUU